AUACCCAAUACCCAUAGAUAAUACAUGUAUAUACUGUCAGUACCUUUCCUUUUAUAAUCUUUCUGUAAUAGACAAGAGCAAGACCUCAAAAAUCGGUUUGAAAAUAAAAAACAAACAAUAAUUAGAAAUCAAAUAGAUCACAAAAAAGUGUCUUAUUAAUGAAAUACAUAAAACGCAGCAAUAUUUAAUCAUGUCUGAUAAGUUAGGCUUUGAGGAACUUCGGUUAAAAUACAAGGAUAUAUUGUCCAAAGCAUUUUCAACAAACAACAUCGAUCUUUUAGAUUCCUUCUCUAGAAAUACAAAUGAAGUGGAUAGAAAAGCGGCUAUGGAUCAAGCAUUUCGGGAUAAACUUUUAGAACUUCUAAUUGAGAAUCCAGACACCUUGGAAAACUACGUUUCCUUUUGCAUAGAAUCCUGCAGAAGGCAUAUGGUAACUCCCACCAUGCCAGUAGUCCUUUUAGGCGAUAUUUUCGAUGCUCUCACUUUAAAUAAAUGUGAGAAGUUGUUUGAGUACGUGGAGAAAGGAGUUAACAUAUGGAAAGAAGAAUUGUUUUUCGUUGCUUGUAAAAACAAUCUACUCAGAAUGUGCAACGACUUAUUGCGACGUUUAUCCCGUUCUCAAAACACCGUGUUUUGUGGAAGAAUAUUAUUGUUUUUAGCAAAAUUCUUUCCAUUUUCCGAGAGGUCAGGUCUAAAUAUAGUAUCGGAAUUUAACUUGGAGAAUGUCACAGAGUUUGGAGGUGACAAUUCAAGUACAUUGAAAGAUACUUUGGAUGAAGAAAUGAUAAUUGAUGAAGAUAAUUCCAAACUAACCAUAGAUUAUAGCUUGUAUUGUCGCUUCUGGAGUCUACAAGAUUUCUUCAGAAACCCUAAUACAUGUUACAAUAAGAUUCAAUGGAAGACUUUUGUUGCUCAUUCCGGGAGUGUGUUGGCAGCAUUCUCAUCAUACAAACUAGAGGCAGUGGAAUUACAAAAAUCCAAAUUAAACAGACUUAAGGCUGUGAACACGGAUGUUGAUAUGCAAGAAUCAAAUAAAGAACAACACUAUUUUGCAAAGUUCUUAACCAAUCAGAAACUCCUUGAGUUACAAUUGUCCGAUUCUAAUUUCAGAAGAUGUGUACUUAUACAAUUUUUGAUUUUGUUUCAAUAUCUAACAUCUGCUGUGAAAUUUAAAAUGGAGACUCAAGAAUUAAAAUCGGUACAAGUAGAUUGGAUUAAAGAGACUUCGGCAUUGAUCUAUCGUUUGCUCGGAGAGACUCCACCGGAUGGGAAAAAGUUUGCUGAAUGUGUCAAAUGUAUAUUACAUAGAGAAGAAUAUUGGAAUAGUUGGAAAAAUGAUGGAUGUCCAGAAUUCCAAAAGCCUAAGGCUCCAGUGUCGGUUGACACAGAUGAAGUAAAAAAAACUAGAAAGAGAAGAAGACCAGUGGGUGAUAUAAUUAAUGAAUAUAGAAAUCAAGAUAAAUUCUACAUGGGCAAUAAUGAACUCACAAAAUUGUGGAAUCUGUGUCCGGAUAAUUUAGUUGCAUGUAGGACUAAGGAAAGAGAUUUUAUGCCAUCAUUAGAGUCGUACAUGUUGUCUGAGGGUGGUGUGGGGGGUGCUGGGGGUGCGCGGCGCACGGCCAGCGGGGGCUGGGGGUGGCGCGCGCUGCGGCUGCUGGCGCGCCGCUCCCCGCACUUCUUUGUGCACACUAACAACCCCAUCGGAAGACUGCCUGAUUACCUCGAGGAUAUGGUGAAGCGCGUGGCGCGGGACUGCGCCGCCGCCGCCGCCGCCAGCGCCAACGGGGACACGCACACCGCUCACAGCGACAAAGCUGUCAAACAGGAGGCUGUAGAAGAAGAUAUAACCGAGGAGCAAAUGGAAGCGGACCUCAUCAAGGGAGCAGAUUCUAACGACAUUGAACAGGUUCCCGAUUCAACUGAAGGCGGCGAUGACGAGAAAACCACACGUUCUCGUGUAACAAUGAUAUCACCAAUAGAAUUAAACGCUGUUUCCGCUAAAUUAUCCGAUUGGAAGAAACUAGCCGCAAAACUAGGCUACAAAUCUGAUGAAAUACAGUACUUUGAGACGGAAAACGCGACGGACGAAGCCAGGGCGAAGAAUAUGUUGCAAUUGUGGUUCGAUGACGAUGAAGACGCGUCGGUGGAGAAUCUCCUCUACAUCAUGGAAGGGUUGAAGUUGGUUGAAGCGUGCGAAGCUCUGAAGAACGCUAAAUGACAUUUACCUAGGCGCUGCAGACUGCACAAGUCUAGACUUGCACAGCGUUGGUAGAUGAACUUCUCUAGUUAUUAAAUUUAUAAAUAUAAUUAACUUUUAAGUAUA